GGGCAGCGUCUGACUGUGGGCUAAGCCUGUGUGCCUGUAAUCAGAAGGUCACCAGUUCAAACCCAGCCUCAGCAUGUCUGUGGGUCCUUGAGCAAGGCCCUUAACCCCCAGCUCCCUGGGCGCCCCAACAAGUGGCUGGCCUUUGCAGACAGCUUACCCUACAAAGAGCAAGUUGAGAACUUUCCUGGCCUCCCUCCCUGCCCACCACCCAACCACCCCCCAAAGCCAGCGAACAAACAAGAACAGCUGCGGGCUGGGGAAUGCCACGCGGUCUGGGCACCGGCGCUUCGAGGUGCGAUGAUGGAAUCAGCAGCCCUCGCACCAGCUGAAGAGUUGGGCAAAAUGGACACCACGAAACUGGAGCCCCUCCCGGGACAGAGUCGCCCUGGGGGGCUUGCCCCAUACAGCCUGACUUUUCGUGAAGAGGGGGGUCACCUAAUGCACUCCUACAUGACACCGGGGAGUAAGGAGUCUUGGCAGGAGAAGAGGCUUGUCCAAACUAUGAACCUGCGCUCUGUCUUUACGGCCGAGCAGCAGCGAAUCCUGGAACGCUACUAUGAUAAUGGGAUGACCAAUCAGAGCAAGAGCUGCUUCCAGCUCAUCCUGCAGUGUGCCCAGGAAACAAAGCUGGACUUCAGCGUGGUCAGGACGUGGGUUGGGAACAAAAGGAGGAAGCUGGCGUCCAAGGUGGACCAGAAUGGAGGUGUGGCCAGUCAUGGGACGGUGGGGAGCUGUGGCGGUGGGGUGUCAGCGGCGUCGGGGGCCCUGCUGACCCCGGAGAUGGCGGGUCCUCACGGCGCCCAGCGAGGGACGCAUCUCCUGAUGACAGCGGCGCCGUCUCCGGCCACCACUUCGUCCUCCUCACCCUCCUCUUGCUCAUCACACGGCAGUGGCAUGGGAAACGGCAACGGCGGCAACAACGAUGUGAUUGUGACAGGGAUCUACUCGCUGGCCCGCCCCCCAGGCUUGAGCCGCACGGAACCCUCGCCCCAGGCCAAGGUGGACCCCCCCACACCGGCUCACACCCGCCCUCCCCAGCAGAUUGACGGCGCGUCGCUCCACGCGAGGCCGUCGACUCUCCCUCGCAGGGCGCCCCAGCCCAGCGGCGCCGGCGGCCCAUCGAUCCAGGUCCGGAAGCCAUUGCCUGCAGGCGACGGUGUGGGCGUGCAUCGUACCUGGGCCAGGCAGUACACCCCCCCCCAACCCUGGCCCUUCCUCUCUCACCCUCAGCCCGCAGGCUCGUCGUCGACCCCAUCACCGCACGCCCAGCCCUGCACGCCGGACUCAGGUGUCAGAGUGCAGCAGGUCUUCUCCCUGGCCACUCUCAGUGAAGGACACCACAGGGGGGCGCCAGAGAGUGGGCCGCUCAAGGCGCCGUCAAAAACGCGCCCCCCUGACUGCUCGGGCUGCUUUUCCAUUGCCAUGGAGACGGCGGAUGCUGACGACGAGUACGCCCGUGAGGAGGAACUGGCCAGCAUGGGGGCACAGUUGCAGACAUGUCCGGCAGUGGGAGGCAGCAGCGGCACUGGGAACUAUGGGCCCACAGCAUAUCCGCGAAUGGACAGCCCCGGCACGCCACCUACUGGGAGGAAUCCAGCCGCUGUCAAGCCGCUUGGUUCUGAACUUUUUGGGGCGAAAGGUUACCAGAGCCAGCCUAUGUCAUCUCACUGUCCCCCAAGACUGAGCUUCUUCCUUGGCAGCACAGGCGCUAGAGGCAGCUACCCUGUUGGGAUUCACCAGCAGGGGUCGCCAAAGAGCGUGUCCAACCUCCAGGUGUCGGGUAACUUGUCUGCUCCCUGGAUUACCAGCAACUCUCGCAAACGGACACUGCAGGACAGGACACAGUUCAGUGACAGGGAUGUGCACACUCUGAAGAGGUACUGGGACAAUGGUAUGACCAGCCUGGGCUCGGUGUGUCGCGAGAAGAUCUCUGCAGCGGCCGCGGAACUCAGCGUCGACAGUGAGAUCAUCAAGACAUGGAUUGGAAAUCGACGUAGGAAGUAUCGCCUGAUGGGUAUUGAGAUCCCGACCCCCACGAGCGGCCCCGCUGUUUUCACGAAGCAGUCGAGCAUGGAGUCACCCCGCUCCAUGACCCCCGAGGAUGACGAUGUGAGCGUCCCCGAGCCAGGGGAGGACAGCGAGAGGAACGACGUGGUCUCCAUCUGUCUGUCUGAGGAUGGUGCAAGUGACAUUCUCCAAAGAGAAGAUGACGACAUGGAUGGGGAGGGCACCUCCGCCCUGGCCGACAACGUGAAAAUCGAAAUAAUCGAUGACGAGGAUGAGGAGGAAGAUAACGACGAUGAAGUGAUCGGUCCAGACGUGGAGCUGGUGCAGAACCAGCUGGAAUUCAAGCAAGAAGAGGUCCGGUAUCUCGAAAGCGAGCUAGAGAACCAAAAACAGAAGUAUUACAAGCUACAGAUGUUCACGAAGAACCUGCUGAGCGCCGUGAAGAACAUGGACCAGGAGAAACAGCAGGAGCUGCUGGCCAGUCUACCUCAAGAAGUGGAAGAAGACUGGGAGCUGGGCUCAGAGCCUUGUGCUGAUUCCGUCGCCGCCUCCGUCUCCAACAGCAACUCCUCUGUAUCAGAGGCAGUACCGCUGCUAGCUGAAGUGGCCCUCUAGGCGAGCAUCACUGCCAGCGCCCCGCGUCUGUGGCAAAGUGAAAUCGGCUGGCAUACCGGCACCCCCUCAAGUGGGCGCCCUCGGCAGCCGCCUAUGUCGACUGUAGGAUUAACCAGCCCUGGUGAGAGGAGACAAGUGGUGCCGGGUUCCUGUGAGGCCAGCCCUCCCCAUGGCGCCUUCAGAAAAAUCUCGCCGGUUACAGCCCUGAAAGCCUUUUUCUACUGCCUGUCUGUCCGCCUUGUUCGAGGGAUCGGCCUGAGAAUAAUAAACACCACUGACUUGAA